AUGUCUGACAACGUUGCGAGUUCAAGUUCUUUUACGAGUGCUCCUACGGCUAGUCUCCCGACAACUGAAGAAAUUAAUGGAUUAAGUCGAGAUGAGGUUAAAGGAUUUUUGCAAGGGAGGAGAGUUGAAUUGGACCUUGAGGACGAUGAUAUCAAUAUAAUAUAUAAUCAGAGAGUUAAGGGUGAUACCUUUCUUGAUUUUAAUGCCGUAGAUUUUGAAAGAUGGGGAAUACCGGGCGCUCCCGCCAAAAAACUUGAAAGGUUGAUUAAACAAAUUAAAGGAGGUAGAGUAUGUAAAUUCUUUCUCGUCCAGACCAUGCCAUAUUCACCAAUAAUACCGAAUACUUACAUAAUCUUGUGCUUUGCUUUCCUGCUUCUUACCGUCAAACCCGCCAAAAAACACAAUUGCGUUAUCGUAGAGCAAUCCGGUGCUGUCUUAAUUAUGAAACGUCUAAUAUAUAAUCUUGUGCUUUUUUUUACUUUACUACUCCUUACCCUCAAAAAAAAUCCUAAAAACACAAUUCAUGUAGAAGUUAGGAAAAAAAUCACUGAUGUCUUUCCUGGAGGAUUGCCAUACAUGAAACCAGAACCUUUGCUUCGCACUUCUGGUGCGAAUUGGGAGUAUCAACCUGACCCAUCUUUGAAGCAGAUCUUGCGAGAAGCGCUUAAAAAGCAUUAUAAAAAUUUUACUUUAGGGCGUAUUGACAAAAAGUCGGAUCUUCCAAUAUAUCUCUUCCUUUCUGGGGCUGGUACCGGAAAAUCUCGAAACGCUAAUGAAUUCCACCAGACGGCAAUCACAUGUUUGUCAACUCAAGAAGAUAGGGAGCUGUUGACCAGGAUUAAAGAAGCUUGGGUAUUCCAUGUCAGCUAUGAGAAUGGCUUCUCUUUGAAACAAGAAGAAUCCAACCCUUAUCUUGCCAUCGGUACUCGUAUGCUAUUUCAACUUCUCAGAGAGAAGAUGGAUCUUUAUGAAAUUAUCGAGACAUACAACCCACCAAAUCCGAUGGAUGUUGUGAAAUUGAUUGCCAAACACUAUAACCGAGACUUGAAAAGUGCUACCAUCAUUUUGGUUGUUGACGGCAUGCAACAGCUUAUGGAGAACAAAGAUGAUGGUUUAAAGUUAAAUUCUACAUUUUACAAAACCUUGACAUCUUUUGCAGAUCUAGCGUUUAGUGGCACUUUCAUAAUACCCGUUUGUACCUCAACUAUCACUGGACCGAUUGAUGGUACGUUGAGAUAUUCUUCCACAGAACUAAAAAUAGCAUCACG